AUGUCUUUUGUCGACGAUGGGAACGACGGCCAAAUUGCUGGCCGUUUUAACAGAAACAACAACCAGAAUGACGGUCCUCGGCGCCCAAGAUUGGUGACCGACUAUGGAUCGUCUAUGGUACAGUGGAUGAGAACACGCCGACCACGAUAUCAAGGCGAACAUCGCCUGGAGGUUGAGCGGCCAAGCCCCAGCUUUACUGUGGAUAUGCUGCCGCCAGUCGCGCGAAUUCACUCACCAGCCGACACGAUCCCUGUGCGACACUUACACCAGUCGAUCGGAAAGUCAAAGAAACCGAUUGUCGUAAUAAGAUGGACCCCCGAAGGACGACGAUUGCUCACAGGCGGGCAUACCGGUGAAUUUAUGCUCUGGAAUGGAACAGCUUUCAACUUCGAAACCGUCAUGGACGCUCACUACGAUCAAGUCCAAGCAGGUGUCACAUCUCUCGGCUGGUCACAUAGCCAAGAAUGGUUGAUAUCCGGCGGACAAAAAGGUGACAUCAAGUACUGGCGACCUAAUUUCAACAACGUCGAAACAAUCGACGACGCGCAUCACGACGCCGUCCGUGACCUCUGCUGGGCCCCCAGCGACACCAAAUUCCUCUCCGCAUCCGACGACACCACCCUCAAAAUCUUCGACUUCACCUCCCGCACCUGCGACACUGUCCUAACCGGUCAUAACUGGGAUGUAAAAUCAUGCGACUGGCACCCAACUAAGGGACUACUGGUCUCCGGCUCCAAGGACCACCAGGUGAAGUUUUGGGACCCACGCACAGCGCGUUGUCUCACUACACUCCACAGUCACAAGAACACAGUGACUGCGACGCGAUUCUCCCGCGUAAAUGGAAAUCUACUUGCCACCUCCUCGCGCGACCAGACCGCGCGCGUCUUCGAUUUGCGCAUGAUGCGGGAUAUUUGCAUCUUGCGCGGCCAUGAGAAGCCCGUCUCGUCACUGACCUGGCACCCGAUUCACCCCAAUUUGAUUUCCACCGGAGCGGAAGAUGGCUCGCUUCACCACUAUCUACUCGAUGAGCCGCAUCUGCCUACUGGGCAAGUACCUACUGUGGCGCCAUACGAUAGUCCCGACCCGGCGAAUACGCCGCCGCAGGUCAUAUUCCCCGCACAUAAGGUGCCGUACGCACACGCAGCUACAAUUUGGUCGCUGGACUGGCAUCCGCUCGGUCAUAUUCUUGCGUCUGGGUCUAAGGAUAACUUUGUUCGAUUCUGGUCGCGUGCGAGACCGGGUGAGACUAGUCACAUGAAAGAUCGAUACCAUACCGGCGAAGAAACCGCCGAGGACCAGCAGGGGCAAGGGCAGGGGCAGGGGAACUGGAAUCGUGGUUACGGCCGUCGACAGAUGCGCGAGGAGGAGGAACAGCAGAUUCAAGAUGAGGCUGAUAGCCUCGUUGACCAGCGCCGAGCUGGUGCUCCCUCUUUACCUGGUAUCACCAGUGCUCCCGGCGCGGACGAAGGUGGUGCCGGCUUUCUUCCCGGAAUCGGUGCUGCCCAGCCUCCGCCUCCGCCUCCUGGCCUGCCAGCAAUGAUGGGUGGAAUGGAUCCUGGUCGUCUGGCUGCGAUUAUGGGAACUCAGGGCCCGCCAGGAUUCCCCAUGCUCCCGGGCAUGGCGGGCGGUGCUCCUCCCCCACCGCCGCCGAUGAAUGUCGAUAUGGCCCAGAUCAGACAGCAACUCAUGGCCCAAGGCGUCCAAAUUCCUCCGAAUUUCAACCUCCAGAAUAUGGCUGGUGGGUUUGGCGGCGGUCUGCCUGGGUUGCACGGAGGCCCUCCUGAUGGCGGGCGUAGGUAA